GAAACAGAAAUCCUGUACCAAAUAGCAGGUCAUACAGUGAAAAUCUCUGUCAGUCCCAGCGUCAUUAGCCUCAAUUACUGUCAAAGGCUCUUAGCCUGCCAUCCAUGGAGUGGCCAAUGAUCCAUUGAAAGAUUAGCUUCCAGUAGCUUUUGAGACCCCGAUAAGCCAAUUUCAGGAACUGGGUUAAUCUCAUCCCCCCACCAUAGAUUACACAGUGAGGCCGACGUCAUUCUGGAUUUAUCGUACGACAGAUCAUGGGGGAUUGGCAACAAUCCCCAAAAGUAAAGCCUACCUGCAUCAGACUGGCAGCUGAACAGAGGUAGGACGGAGACCCAUCACAAAGUCACUCAGUACAAGUACUGUCGAGAAGAAAACGGCUCAGAACAGCCAAGCUCCUAGGAGCUAAGACUUUCAUCUUUCUGACUACACACCACCCUUAAAACAGGCAAGAUGGCUCGGGAUAUGUCUGAUAAAGAAAUCCUUCAAAUGGAACUGGAGCAGCUUAAGAUAGAAGUUAACACUCCACGCACUGCUGUGUCAGUAAAUUGCAAGGAGGCAAUGGAAUGGGUGGAGGCCCAUGCAGACGCUGACCCCCUGAUAAAGGGGGUGGCAGAUGACAAGAACCCCUAUAAAGGAGACAAGGGAGGCUGUAUAAUAACUUAGCAUACGCUAACCCAGGGGAAGGAGGUCAACACUUUGUAUAAAGGAGACAAGGGAGCAUGUAUAAUAACUUAGCAUAUGCAAACCCAGGGGAAGGAGGUCAACACUUUUUAUGAAAGGGUCUAUAUAAACAAUUAUGUAAUCAGAUAUUUUGGAUGUUAGGAAAACAAGAAAUAUAACUCAGUGAAUGAAAGGACAGCUGUGACAUUUUUAUUGUUGCAAGAAGUUGGAUCUUUCCCUUUCACCGUCUCUGGAUAUCAGCUGUUAAUAUCGUUUUAUUGCUUUGUCAGAUUGUAAAUAAACACAUCUAGCUUUGCAGCUUGUGACUUAA